AUGUCGGUUGAACAUCAUGUAAUGUCAUUGCACGAUUCAAUGAAUACAAACAAUGUUAAUCGUGUUCCUCCUACCACUGUUAAUUCUUUGAAGACUCUCUCGGGAAAAGAAAUGAACCAGCUGUACGAAACAGUAUCCAUUUUGACAAAUGAUAUUGAAGUAAUUCAAAAUAAAUGUGUUAAUAUCAAUGAAAAAAUAUUAAAAUUAAAGAAUGAAUUGAAUGAGAGUCACGAACAAUUUAGUAAAGCGAAGCAACAGAUGAACGCUAUGAACUAUAUGCGAUUGAAUCAAGAAUUGUUGCAACAAGAGAUAAAUGGAUUGAAGGACUAUGUUCAAUCAACUUCAUACAAUGGUACAUAUCUUUGGAAAGUUGAAAAUGUUUCAUCAUUGAUACAAGAUGCUCAAUCCGAACGACAACUGAGUGUUUAUUCACCACCGUUUUAUAGUUCAAGAAAUGGUUAUAAAAUGUGUAUGAGAUUGUAUCUGAAUGGGGAUGGUAACGCACGUCGAACUCAUCUAUCAUUAUUUUUUGUCAUUAUGCGUGGCAAAUUUGAUGAAAAAUUAUUAAAAUGGCCAUUUCCAUAUAAAAUUUCGUUUUGUCUUUUUGAUCAAUCAAAUCAACAGCGACACAUUAUCGAUUCAUUCCGUCCGGAUAUCAAGUCAAACUCAUUUCAACAACCUCAAACACAAAUGAAUAUAGCCUCAGGUAUACCAAAAUAUUUCCCACUACCAUUAUUACUAGAUGGGAAUAGUUAUGUUAAAAAUGAUUCAUUGUUUAUAAAAUGUAUAGUCAAUUUCAAUGAUAUGCCAAAAAUGCUUUUGCCGUAUACAUUAAGUUUAAAUCCUGGUUUGCCUGAAAAUGUUAAACAAUCAAUGAUCAUAGCAGAGACUGAUCGUCGACAGCGUUCUUCUAAAGAAAUAACAGACAAUACAAAACAAAAUUAG